AUGAUUUACGGAGCAAAGUUGAUUGCUCAGGCUCUCCAUGACCUGGGUGUCAAGGUCAUAUUCGGUCUCCCAGGGCUACCUGUCACAGACAUCGCGCAAGAAGGUCUUUACUUUGGUAUUCGAUUCAUCAGUUUCCGCAAUGAACAAGCUGCUGUCUAUGCGGCAACUGCAUAUGGAUACCUGACAGGUAGACCUGGUGUAUGUAUAUCUGUGGGUGGACCAGGCGUUUUCCAUGUUAUGGCCGGUAUACCACACGCAGCCGCAAACUCAUGGCCCCUGCUGGUUCUAUCCGGAUCCAGCGAGACACAUAACGGAAGAAAGGGUGCAUUCCAGGAAGUUGAUGCCAUUUCUCUUUUGACACCGCAUGCGAAAUUGUGUCUGCGUCCGCCUCAGCCGGAUAUGAUCCCAAAAUUCGUAAAAGAUGCAUAUCGCACUGCCAUGUUUGGUCGACCCGGGCCCACAUUCGUCGACUUGCCUGCGAACUUGAUCCUGGGUACAUUUGAUGUUGAAAGACAGGCCCUUUCUCCUAUAAUUGAGGCUCCACAACCUGCGGCACCAGAUAAGAAAAUCCGGGAGGUUGUGGAAGUGCUGAAGAGCGCUAAGGCGCCACUCGUGGUUCUUGGAAAGGGAGCGGCAUAUGCUCGUGCUGAACAACAGAUCAGAACCAUGAUCGAGAGGUAUGGAUUUGAGAUUCUUGCAGUCAAUGACCAGGGAUAG